UGUAACAUUAUUGCCACCCUUCCAUUUAUAUAAUCUCUCUUCUCCCUUCCCUCUUUCUCCCAAAUUCCUUCCCUUUUUUUCCUCUCUCUUUGUUUGUUGCAUCUUACAAUUUACACCUCCUUUUUUAUCAUGAGAGGAAACAGCUUCUACGGGCCGUUUUCCGACGGCGGAGUACGGCUAGAACUCACUCCCACCACCAAUUCACCGCUCGCCAUCGACGUGGCGGAGUCGACGGAGAUGAGAAUUCAACGCCUCAUCUCCGAAAACCCCGUCGUCAUCUUCACCCGUUCGUCUUGCUGCAUGUGCCACGUCAUGAAGAAAUUGCUAUCUGCUAUAGGCGUUCAUCCCACUGUGAUUGAGCUAGAGGAGGAUGAGAUCGCCGCGCUUCCGUCCACCACAGCCGUCACCGGCGAUGAGGUUAUCUCCGAUGGUUCCGGUGAAGCUCCGGCGGUAUUCAUCGGAGGGACACGUGUCGGCGGGUUAGAGAGCCUCGUGGCUCUUCACUUGAGUGGCCGUCUUGUUCCGAGGCUUGUGGAAGUUGGUGUCAUCACUGAUGGGGUAUUGUAAAAUUAAGAUAAUUAAUUUCGUGUUUUUAUGAAGCUAUAUUUUGUAAUUCAAUUAUGGUGAAAAACAAAAAGAAAAAAAAUAUUCCCUUAGGAAAAGAAAAUAAUUAAGUAGUAGUAUUAGUUGUUUCUUUUCUUAGUUAAUUAAUUACUAUUAUUAGCUUUGAUAAUUAUUCUAGUUUUGGUGCAGUAAUGAAGUGUUAUAUAA